AUGGGGCAGCAACAAACGAAGGAUGGGGACCAGCGGAGGUCGUCCGCAAGUCACAGCGAUCGCCCAGCCAAGAAGUCUGACUCAACCAAACGGAACCCGGGCAAGUCGGCCGUAGCUGAGCACAAAGUCGACAACUUCCCUUCCGAUACCAUCCAGUCUCGUCCGCUACCCAGUACACCAACCCACGCUCAAUCGCCGGAUAUCGCUGGAUGGAACUCUACUGAGGAUGUCUGCGGUGGUGACGAGCAUGAUCCCGAUCUCUUUGUGGUCCUCUACGACUUCAACGGCGGUGUCGAGAACCAGCUCACUGUCCGAAAGGGUAAAGAAACGUUGGUUCAUUGCUUUACUGGGGGUGGGGGCAGGGCAGGAAGGGGUGAUCAUGUCCGUAUCCUCGGCUACAACAAGGGUGGAGAGUGGUGCGAGGCCAAGAAACUCAAGAACGGCAAGACGGGCUGGGUGCCCGUGACAUACGUCACCCCUUUCAACAGCCUCGAGAAGCACUCCUGGUACCACGGUCCCAUCUCUCGCAAUGCGGCGGAAUAUCUCCUCAGCAGCGGUAUCGAUGGCAGCUUCCUGGUUCGGGACAGUGAAAGCAGCCCCGGUCAUAGGUCAAUAUCCCUCCGCUUCGAUGGCCGGGUGUACCACUAUAGAAUUAGCAGUGGGUCGGAUGGAAAGGUUUGUAUGAAUAUUGUUUUUAAAAGAAAUACAUCAACCUUGCCUUCGUAA